GUUUUUUUAAAUAAUCGUUUGUUUUAAUAUACCAUAUUACUUGAACUCACUCAACCUAUUAGUAUUUACUGACAUUUACUCGGCUCCAAACUAAUGGUGUUUUCCAGAUGCCUUGUACACCAUCCUUACGAGUUGCAAGUGAGGAAAUCUCCCAGCUUUCUGUGGCAUUUCACAGAGGCACGCCCUCUUUCUGUCAGCCCCACUUGGAAUUAUUAGAGUAUACAGAGUUCAGUGAGGAGACUCGACAACAAAAAUGGCUGUGCCCAUGAAUAUAUUUACUUUCUUUGUAUUUGUACCACGUUGGUCAUUUUAAUGUCGAUUUUAAAUGCUCUAACACCCUUGAUUACAUGCGUGCAAAAUGCGGUGCGUGCAAUGCAAUGUAAAGUUGUGUUGCUUGUUUUCGAGCUGGUUUGCUAAAGAGGCUAAUGUAGCUAACAUAGCCAAUGACACAAUCACAAAGAAGAACGGGAAUGCUAUAAGUGCUAUGAGACAGAAAAUGACGUCACAAGUGCCACUCGUGAGGCUGAUUUACGAGGCAUCUGGAACAAACCAUGUCAACAAAGGUGUCGGUGUGGUAGUGUUUGGUUGAAAAGGGUUAGGGACAAAAAUAUAAAAUGUUGACUUUGGUUACAGAAGUUUAAAUAUCACGAUUCAACAAACAACAUGGUACAUCUUAAAAAAGUCAGGUUGUGUGCUCUAGGAUAGUUGAUCGACUAUCUUGUUUAAUGCUUGAUGGGCUUCGAGUGUGAACAUAUCAGAAUUGGAACCAUGGCACCCAUCGCAUUCGUGUGUUCUCUUUAUACUGCAUGAUGCUGCCAGCUGCGGCACUUUGUGGCUUGUGUGGUGUGCGAUCCCCUUUAAGUUGAAGCCCUGCCUUAACCGAAAUCCACUGAGUUCCUCCACACAAUAUUUAUAUUUAGGUUACCAGGUAGAAUGCAUUCUGUCUUUGGUUGACUUUAGGGCUGUGCGAUAUGGACAAAAUCUUCUCACGAUAUUGGUCAUUUCAUGUCGAUAACGAUAUAUAUCACGGUAUAGUGCAUUUUUGGUCAAUUGUAUGAAAAAGAAUUCUAGCCAGAAUAACCACAUACUCUAUAAUACUUUUUAAAAAUCCUAUCAACUAAUUUCUUGGAAGGAGGGGGCAUGUUUGGACCCAUGGCAACUUUUACAUGCACCGUAGCGUUAUACUGAGAAGCCCAACACUCACUCGGCCGCGAUCAUCAAAAUAAACGGCUUUCCAGAACGAGCUUCAAAUAUCCGCAUACUUGACUCAACCCGUUUAGCUAGUGGUUAGCUAGUGGCACUAGCUUUUUUUCUUUUGAAAGAUUGCAUUAUUUGACUCUUGUACUGCCUCAGAAAGUUGCGGGACAUUCGUUCUGUUUCAGACCGAAUCCCUCCAAAUGUGUAGUGUAGUAAAAAUAAAGCAGGGUCAGAAUGAUGUAAAAUACUGCCAUUACGGAUAAGUAAUAGAACGAAAGGUACGAUACAGGGAAAUGUGUAUUGAUAGACAUUUUUUCUCACAUCCCCGAUAUAUAUUGUCAAACCGCCCAGCCCUAAUUGACUACAGCCCUACUGGUUAGAAGGCUUUACUUUUUCUGCAGCAUUUGGAUACGACAUCCUUGACGGAUGAUCAUGUGUUACGGCCAGACCAGUAUCUAACUGCUGUUCUGCCAACUUAUGCUCCCUUGUCAGUUUUGCUACCAAGUGAUUCUGCGGAAGCGCAUGACGAGACUAUUGCUCCCCGGUGUAGUAGUGGUGAAAAUACACAUAAUGAACCCCUGAAAUCUCCAAUGACUAAGUUAUAAUACAGUAUCAAAAUAUAUUUUUGGAGUGAGUAAAAUAACGUUGUUCUGUCUUGGGAGCAUCAUUUGAUAAGGGCAAUUGGUCUACAGAUAAAAUACGCUACCAAACGCAUACGGUAGUACUUUUUGAUUGGCUAGUUGUAUACAUUGUUCUGCCAAUGUAUGCUCCCUUGUCAGAGUCUAUCAAAUCAUGUUACCCUCACAAAUGGUGCUGCCUCAUGUGUUUGGUAGUGUCGUCAUGCUCAUGUGCAGAACCACUAUGUAGCAACAUCUGAUAAAUUGGCAAAACACCAGGUACGUUUUGCAGCACAUUUAUAUUCCUGAAGGGCCAAGAUCUGCGACCAUCCCAUGCCUCUUCUAGUAUAACAUCUGUGAAAUGUAUUUCAAUGGAUAUGUUAUUAAUGUCGAUGUGUGGUUGUGUCUUGUUUUCCAGGAUUCCCUGGACUACUAAAGCAGCAGCAGUCGUUUACUUUCACUGGAUUUUAGUCCGACUCAUUCUCCCUCAGCCAUGGAAUCGACGGUUGAUGACGAUGCGAUGGCUGCGUGAAUGAGGCUUGGCGCGGGGAGAGCUGAACAAUGCCCAAAGCUGGGGGUUCAAAGCCGCCGCCACAUGAUCCCUUCCCGCUCAACACCGACAUGGUGGAAAAACAGCCUGGGAAAAAGGAUAAAGAAAAGACCUUGUCAAUCAAGACACCCAAGGUGGACCGCGGUGAUGGGGCGAAAGAGAAAGCACCGAAGAGGAGGCUCCCCUUUACCGUUGGAACCAAUGGAGACCAGAAGGACUCAGACUCAGAGAAGCAGGGUCCAGAGAGGAAGCGCAUCAAGAAGGAGCCCAGCAGCACGCGGAAGGCGGGCCUGCCAUUUGGGAUGGGCAUGCCGGGCAUCCGGGCCGGCUACCCCCUAUCCGAACGCCAGCAGGUGGCUCUGCUCAUGCAAAUGACGGCCGAGGAGUCCGUCAACAGUCCAGACACGACACCAAAGCACCAGUCGCAUUCGAGCCUAGGCCAGAAGGGAACGCCGAACUCGGCAUCCAAAACCAAAGACAAGGUGAACAAGCGCAACGAGCGUGGCGAGACACGGCUCCACCGAGCGGCGAUCCGCGGCGAGGCACGGCGCAUCAAGGAGCUGAUUAGUGAGGGGGCCGACGUGAAUGUAAAAGACUUUGCAGGCUGGACUGCGUUGCAUGAGGCCUGUAACCGUGGUUACUACGACGUAGCCAAGCAGCUGCUGGCUGCGGGGGCAGAGGUCAACACCAAGGGCCUGGACGACGACACCCCGCUACAUGAUGCGUCCAACAAUGGACACUUCAAGGUGGUGAAGCUCCUUCUGCGGUAUGGAGGAGACCCACGGCAGAGUAACCGGCGAGGUGAGACGGCGCUCAAGGUGGCCAACUCUCCCACCAUGCUCAACCUGUUGCUGGGGAAGGGGACAUACACCUCCAGUGAAGAGAGUUCAUCAGAGUCUUCAGAGGAGGAGGACGCCCCGUCGUUUGCGCCGUCUAGCUCAGUGGACGGUAACAACACAGACUCUGAGUUUGAGAAGGGCAUGAAGCUUAAGGGGAAGCUCGCCGAGUCGGCCAAGAACAAUGCCGUCACACCCGUCAAAGAUGAGUACGAGUUUGAUGAGGAUGACGAGGAGGAGCGUGUGCCGCCCGUGGACGACAAGCACCUCCUCAAAAAGGAUUUCCGCAAGGAGCCCACUCCUAAGCCCAACAACAUCACCCCUGUUCCUAAGACGGAGUCGGUCAAAACAUAUUCCAAAAGUAACUCUCAAAUCACACCAAAGAAAGCAGUCCGGCGAAUCAUUUCGGACAGUAACACUUCGGACGAGGAUGACAGGACAUUGGGCUUCACGCCAACGCCAACACCUCGGCAACCGGCCAUGGCGGCGAACGCCAAGGCAAGGGACUCCGUCACACUAAGCACGAAACAGCAGAAGGACAAGAACAAAUUCAAAAAGAAGCGCAAGAAGGAGACCAAAAACAACGUGAGCAAAGAGGUCCGCUUUGGAAAGGUCAACGACAAGUUCACGUCGGACUCUGAAUGCGGGGACAUGGAGAGCGAGGAUGACAAGGGCUCCAACAGUUUCAAGGACUCUGCUAGUGUGAGCCUGAAAGAAUCUUCUGCCUUCAAUGCCUCCUCGUCAUCCCAUGGGAACCCAAACUCGCAGAAGCAAGCACCCUCCUUAGCAGAGCAGCACCCAAAGCAGUGGAGGACAGACGGGUGGAAGACGGUCUCGUCCCCGCCCUGGUCAGACGUCAGCUCCCUCUCUGACUCUGUAAGGACCAGACAAACCAGUGAGUCGGACUACUCGUCUGCAGACUCAAGCGUGGAGUCCCUGAAGCAGGUGAAGAAGAAGACGCAGGAGAACAAGAAGAAAAAUAACAACAUCCACAGUGGCACAAUAGACAAGAAGAGCUCCGACAUCCACAAGAACUCCAACAUCGACAGUGCAGUGUCUAAAACCGAUGUUGAUGGAAAGGUUGUGAAGAAGCAUAAAGUGAAGCACAAGCAUAAAAACAAGGAGAAAGAAAAAGCCCCCAGCCUGGUUCUUAACCAAGACAUGAACGAGAAGUUUGUGAAGAGUUACUCUUUCGACUUUGAUGACUCCAGGCAAAAGUCUUCAAUAGUGGACACAGACGGACAGACGGUGGAAAGCAAGGUCAAAUUGUCAAAACAUGAAAAAGACCAUUCUAAAAAGGAGGAGAGGCUUUCGAAGACCAAGCCUGAGGACAAGGACUGGUUGUCGGGGAAAGAGCUACAGAGACCUGUUAAGGAGGAGAAAAACAAGAAAACAAAAGAGUCUAACAAGGAAAAAGCCAGCAAAGAGGAGAGGGAAAAGCUGACCAAGACGGAGAAGGAAAGAAACCAAAAGGAGAAGGAGAAACCCAAGGAAGAAAAGCAGAAGACCCACAAAGAGGAGAAAAAGAAAAAAUCGAAAGAGAAGUCCUCUUCAAAAAUAGAGAAGAAGAACGAGCAGAAAGAAGAUAAACCCCAGAAGGCAGAGAAGGAGAAGAACGCCAAGGAGGAGAAAUCAAAAAAGGACAAAACUCUGAAAGAGGAAUCUUCUGAGUAUGACACCUACGACGUCAACAACCGCUUCCUGAACCUUGACGACAGUAAGCUAAGUGCCUCAGAUGAUCACCACGACAGAUGGGGCUCGGACCUCUCCAUCGGCUCCUCGAUGUACGGAGAAGACAGCUGGGAUGCCCCUGUCAAGGAGUACAAGGAGUACAAAGCCAACAGCGCUGUGAAGCUCACCGUGGAGACGGUGAAGGAGGAGACGAGGCGGAAAGACAAAGUCAAAGAGAAGAAGUCAGACCACAGUGAAAAGAGAAUGGAGAAGGAGCCUGGUUCCAAGAAGAAGGACAAAGAGUCCUUUGAGAAGCCCGGCGAGAAGAAGAAAGACUUGGCUGACAAACAGAAGCUGAACUCUGGACACACAAUGGAGAAAGAAAAGAAGCGCAAAGAGUCCGCAGAUAAUAAAGAAAAGAAAGAGAAGGACACCAUCGACAACAGCCGCGACCGCAAGGACUCCUACGAGUUCAUAAAGGAACGUAAAGAGGUCAAGAUAAAGCAGGAGUCAGCCCGGGAGGAAUACAGCAACGACGGUUUGUUCAAGGACCUAGAAAUCGGGAAAUCCUCAGAUGUCAGAGAGAGAAACCACUCCGGAAAAGAGAAAGAAAAGAAGGGAAGUGAGGGAGUGGAAAAAAGGGAAAAGACGAAAGCUGACAAGCACAAGGAGAAACCUAAAGAUAGGGGAGUUGACCAGGAGAAGGAGAAGGAGAAGAACUCCAACGAGAAGGCUGUGAAAGAGAAGGAUGCAGAGCGGGGGGCCAAAGAUAAGAAGGAAGGAGCCAAAGACAAACAUAAAGACUCUCAUGGAAAAGACAAAGACCGCAAGAUGUCCUCGGACCAAACGAAAGAGAAGAAGGAGAAGGUUUCUCAGGACAAGCAUGCAGACAAAGAGAAAGACUUCUUGGAGGUCAAGAAAGAGGAGAAGAAGCCUGAGAAAAUCCGUGAGAAAACCUGGUACAAGAUCGCCGACAUUUUCACGGAUGAAAGCGACGAUGAGGAGGACAGUUACAACGGGAGUGUGGCCAAGCUGAGUGAUUCGCUCGGCCUGUCUGACUCCCACCGGAAGGAAUCUACGCCCGAUCAGGACGACCUUGACCACUUCACGUCUGAAAAGGCCCGAAAAUUCUCUGCCGACGGCAAACACACCACAGAGAAGCCGAAAGACAAGGAACACAAAGACAAGAAAAAAGACAAGACAGUAUUUGAGAAAGAAAGGAAAGGCUCCCUUGAGAAACACAGCAAGGACAGGAAAGACUCUGUGGAUGUGAAGCACAAGGAGAGGAAGGACAGGAUGUCGGUGGAAUCCAACCUGGACAAGAAAACUAAGCAGAAACAGGUGGACAAGAGGGACGGCAGCGACGAAAAAACCAAGAGCAAACACAAACAAGAAAGAAAACCUUCCAAAAGCAGUGGUGAUAACGAGAAGUCACUCCUUGAGAAACUGGAGGAGGAAGCCAUGAACGACUGCAAAGAUGACUCCAAUGACAAGAACAGCGACAUGUCCUCAGACAGCUUCACGGACCACGGCAAUGAACCUGUCCUCAGCAGCUACUACGACUCCUCUAUCAGCCUGCCGGAUGUGUGCGAGGAGAGGAGGGACUCUCUCUCCAUAUCUACCCCUCAGGAUAAGUUCAGGGAGAAGGAGAGGCACCGUCACUCGUCCUCCUCCUCCUCCAAGAAAAGCCAUGACAAGGAGAAGGUGAAGAAGGAGAAGGGAGAGAGAAGGGACAAGACUGAGGAGAUCAGGGAGUCCUACUGUCGCAGGGAGAGCCUGCCCUUUGAGAAGGAGCCCAUGCCCCUGGAGGCGGACCCCUACACAUUCCCGUACGGCUCAAAAGCUGAUUGCCAAGACGAAUUUGACAAGACUCUUGAGUUUGAAAAAGAGAUGUCCAAAAAGGACAAAGAGAAGACAAGCAGUGUCCUCAGCGACAAAAUUAAGGACAAAAAGAAGAAGGAGAAACACAAGGAGAAGAUCAAAGAGGAGAAGCAUAAGUGCACAGAGGGCUUUGCUUCAGUCAAACACUCUAAAGAGGAUGUUAAGUCCAGCUCCAAAGAGAAUCCACAGGUAACUUUCCUGAAGGAUCGCUCAAAGGAGGAUAGUCCCAAAUAUGACGUAAAGAAGGAGAGGAAUCGAGAUGCAUUGGACAAAGAGAGCGGCAGGGUGGACCACACAAAGUCCAAGAUCAAGGAUGAAACAGAGAAGCUGAGUCAGAUGAAGGAGGUGGUGCGGAAGGAUCAUCGCCCACGAGAGAAGCUCCUGGUGGACGGAGAUCUCCGCCUCACCAGCUUUGGCCAGAUGUUGAGUCUUAAGGACCAGGAGAUCGAGGAGCGUCACAAGAGGCACAAGGAGAGGAUGAAGCAGAUGGAGAAGCUCAGGCACCGAUCAGGAGACCCCAAACUCAAGGAAAAGACCAAGUCCCUGGAGGAAGUGAGGAAGAACCGCAAUGAGCUGACGGUCAAGAAGCCCAACACCUUGGAGUCUGCUCUCAAGGAGAAAAAGCUAAAGGAUGUUGUGAUCCCUGCUCAGAUGAUGUCGCCCGAUCGUAAGCCUGCAUCUAUGGACCGCCAGAACUCGAACGACUGGAUGGAGGGCCACCAAAUGAAAGAGAACCUCCCUGCGUCGCCCAGGCCCGAUCAGAACCGACCAACAGGAGUCCCCACGCCGACCUCUGUCAUCUCCUGUCCCAGUUACGAAGAGGUUAUGCAGACGCCAAGGACGCCAUCCUGCAGUGCUGAAGAUUACCCAGACCUGUUUGACGGGCUGGACUGCCAGAACUCCUCUGCGAUGACCAUGUCCAUGAAUGCUUGUUCUCCAUCCUUCUUCGAAAGCAGGUACUCAAACUCCUCCCACAGUUUCCAGGAGGGCACCUGUUUGACCCCUGCCAAGAACCUGCAGCUGCCCCUGGUCAGCCGCUCGGCCUCUUUAGAGGUCCGGCGCCCCCUGGAGGACGAGUUCAAGGCUGAGGCCGACAAGUUCCUCAGACAGCACAGCAGCCCCCCAGGCUCAGAGUUCGAGCUGUGCUCGUCCUCCCAGCUCCGUGAGGACAAAGCGGCCCUGGACCGCCUGGAGUGCUUGUCGCCUCCUUACUUCUCCCCCAUCCGGAUACUGUCCCCUCGGGUGGACUCCUCGCACCUGGACAGCCACCAGAACGAGGCCACCUCGGUGCUCGCUGGUCCCGAAGGUGGAGAGAACGCCUCAGAGAGCAUGUUCAACAGCUUUCUUCUGAAGCCGUCAACACCAGUGCACCGGCCCGACCCCCAGGAGCCCUGUUUGGACAUCGCCGCCCCGCCGACGCCGGCACCCGCCGCAUUGCCACCGAUGGACAUUGAUGACAUCUCAGAGCCUCAACAUAGUGAGCCCGAUCUAGUACCCUCAGACCCUGUUAGUGGCACAGACUACCUGCCCUCGGCCAUGGAGGACCCUGAUGAGGAGGAGGAUGAAGAGGAAGAGGAGGAGGAGGAGGAAGAAGAAGAGGAGGAAGAAGAGGAGGAGGAGUAUGAGGUGGAGGAAGAAGAAGAGGAGUUUGAGGCGGAGGAAGAGGAGGAACAGGUUGAAGAUGAGCUAGACGACAGAGAAGAGGAAGAGGACCAAUGCAUGGCCGAGGAGCCGGAUCAACCAGCAGAGGUGUGUGCCUUCCCUCCCCGUAUCGAGGAGCCCAUGAGGAAGAGCUGGACUGCAGACUCUCCAGAUCCCCAGGUCCCGGUGGUCCACCACCCCUUAGACCAAACCCUCGCCUCGGCCUCGCUGGGCGAGUCCUCCUGCGACCACACCAUGAGCUGGAACCCGGAGAUGCUCCUGAAGUCCCCAAACCGGACGUUCCGGGAGAUUGAGGCAGCUGUCUCCAAGAUCACCAGCCCCUACUCAAACUCUGACCACGAGAUGCAGCACAUCUCCGGCCACCCCUCAGUCACACCGCCCUAUGCUGCCUACAGGACUUAUGUCCCUGAUAGUGACUUCGAUGAACAGAAGGAAGCUGUGGCAGACAUCCCCUCUCCGGAGAGGCCGGACACCACGAUGGACACGGAGCCGAACUAUCUGAACACGUCGUCCUCCUCGAUACCGCUGGAGGCCUUCUUCACAGAGUGCAACAAGCCACCCAUUGAGGACACUCAUCAGAUGGAGACGGACCUAUCAUGUGGCAGGCCAGACAGUCCCCCAUCCUCCCACAGAUUCAUCCCCCCCACCCCCACCAUUGUCAUAAACACCACUACCCUGCAAGAGAGCCACAUGGUUCCAGCCGUGAGCCCCGAUCCGACGGUGCCCUGGGUCGAUCCGUUCCCGGCCGCCGUGGACGAGCUGGAUGACCUAGGUCCAUUCUCGCUGCCCGACCUGCCGCUCCCUGACAAGACGGAGGAGACAGAGUUACCCGAGCAUAAAACCACGGUGCAAAGCCCACAUAUCCGACACACCAUGUCUCACAGAGAGGAGCCGGCCUUGAUGGAGGUGGACGUCGUAGUGCCUCCAUGCUCCUCCCCAGUAGCAGCUCCUGGUCUGAGAGAGGCUGCUGUGCAAGAUCCAGUCGUCCCCUCCCCGCUAGCUAACUUCCAGCAGGACUUGGAGCCUGAACUCCAGAGCGUCCCACUCAGCGUGCCCCUGUCUUCGAACCACCCACAGGGCGGUGUUCUGGAGCCAAAGAGCUUCUACGAUGCACCAGAGGAUUUGGGUGGCGCCAUUCUUCUCUCUUCCGUGGACUUGGAAAGCAGCCAACUGCAGCACCACAACCACAGGCACAUCCAGUCCCUCACGGACUCCCUGCAGGUCGAACUGGAACCACUCCCUGUUUCCAAGGUGGAGCAGCUGCGGCCAGAACCAGAGCCUGAGCCCCUUCUGGGGAUGGCAACAUGCAGCCCGCUGCCCCCUCUCCCCGUCGCAGUGACCAUCUCUAGCAUAGUUGACAUAUCGGACGCACAGGAGCCCACGUCCAAGCUGACCGUCACGCUCACUGCGGUGUCUACCGACCUGCCCAAGAAGGUGGAGGAGGUACCCCAGCGGAUGACACGUAACCGUGCCCAGAUGCUGGCCAACCAGAGUAAGCAGAACCCCUCCUCUGUGUCGUCUACGCCCGCACUGCUUCAGCCCCAGCAUCAGCCGACCGUGCUGCUCUCUGCCAUCACAACCUCCGCCACCCUAGGAAUGAACCCCGUGGUGAGCAUCGCACAGACCCCAAUCACCAGGACGCCCACGUCCACCUCAGCCCCCUCCGACCCGCCUUCGGACAAGACGAAGGACACGCCUCCUGCGUUGGCGUCCGUCACCAUGGUGACGACGACAAUAACACAGACACCACCAACCCCCACCGUUGUCGUGGCUCCCCCCGCCCAGGUGCCUGCUCCUGUGUUGUUCAGCAAAGCUACGAAAGGGCGGCCACUGCCACCAGAGGAGGAGGACGCCCAGACGCAGCACCCGAGGAAGAGGAGGUUUGCACGUUCGGCCGUGCCGCAGGUGCAGGUGCAGCUGGUUAACACAGCCAUGCAGCAGACGAGGGAGAUGAUCCAGCAGACACUUGCGGUAAUCGUCAACGCCAUCAAGCUAGACGACAUUGAGCCGUACCACAGCGACCGCUCCAACCCCUAUUUCGAGUAUCUGCAGAUCCGGAAGAAGAUCGAGGAGAAGAGGAAGAUCCUGUGCUACAUCACGCCACAGGCUCCACAGUGCUACGCUGAGUAUGUCACCUACACGGGAUCCUACCUGCUGGACGGCAAGCCCCUAAGCAAGCUGCACAUCCCAGUGAUCGCUCCACCCCCUUCUCUGUCGGAACCCCUGAAAGAGCUCUUCAGACAGCAGGAGGCAGUCAGGGGGAAGCUCAGACUCCAGCACAGCAUCGAGAGGGAGAAGCUGAUCGUGUCUUGUGAGCAGGAGAUGUUGAGGGUCCACUGCCGGGCCGCCAGGACUAUAGCCAAUCAGGCGGUCCCGUUCAGCGCCUGCACUAUGCUGCUAGACUCUGAGGUGUACAACAUGCCCUCCGAGACCCAGGGCGAUGAGAACAAGUCAGUGAGAGACCGCUUCAACGCUCGCCAGUUCAUCUCCUGGAUCCAGGACGUAGACGACAAGUACGACCGAAUGAAGACGUGCCUGCUGAUGCGGCAGCAGCACGAGGCUGCGGCGCUGAACGCAGUCCAGCGCAUGGAGUGGCAGCUGAAGGUGCAGGAACUGGACCCUACGGCCCACAAGUCCCUGUGCGUCAACGAAGUGCCCUCCUUCUACGUGCCCAUGGUCGAUGUCAAUGACGACUUUGUCCUGCUGCCAGCGUGAUCCCAGUGGACAUACUCCAAGGACCCUGGACAGGGACACGCCCCCCAUCUGGACGGACAAACCCCCGGGCUGGACGGACACGCUCCCACCGCCGCUAUCUUCCUCCUCUUCAGAGGGAACUUCAGAAAGGGCUAGCGCGUUUCCAUGAGAAGGCUUUAGAGAGGGAGAGAGAGGGAGGAACCAUUGCUUAUUCUACAGAGAAACCAAGUAAAGGCAAACACACGUUUACUCUCCCCCAAGUGAGGCCAUUUUUAAACCCCGGUGGAGAGAAACCCCAAGUGUUGCACUUUGAUCUUCCACCUUUUAACGCUUUACUGUGAGUGGGAGGAGGCCCAGAGAGCUCGCUGUGAGGACACGAGCCCUUUCCACCGGUCCUUUCCCUUCAUUGGUCUCCGCUGCUGCAGCAGACAACACCAACUGUCCUAUGACGAGGAGGGAGGAGCUUAUCUCCCAGCAGCCUCGGGGAAAGAGCACGCACACACACCUUGGCCCCGCAGCAGGUGUGUUGUAAAGGGACACACACACACACACACACACACACACACACACACACACACACACACACACACACACACACACACACACACACACACACACACACACACACACACACACAACAAAGGCCAGAGACUGCAAAUUAAACUCCACCCCUGGAUGGGCAGAAGAGAGGGUUUAUUUGACUAGGUGACUAGAGAGAGAAAUAUGUUUGAUUUUUGUCUAUUUCUUUACUUGGGCAUUUCAUUGUUUCUGAGGAAGUGUCUUGAAACACUACAGAGCCAAUAUUAGUUUGAUGGGAAAAAAACACAAAAGAAACCUGAAAAAAAUGUUGUAUUGGGUAAAUUCUGUACAGUUUUUAUAUUUGUUGAAACCAAUGUAUUCUUGCUGCCUUCUAGAUAAUUUAUUUUGCCACACAUUACUGCACAGUUGUAAAUAAUGUAUACGUACUGUAACAUCACUCAGUUAAGUGUAAAGACAAAAAAACGAAAAAUUACCGAAAAAUAAUCUUUGUAUGUACAGUUGACUUUUAGGCAGCACUUUGCCCUUCAUUCCCAUGGGCCAAACGCAUUGUGUCAGGAUUUACACACUCCAAUGACCGACUACACAACCCAGGCCUCCCUCACACACAAACACACACACACCACACACACACAGAGUUAGAUGUAGCAGGGAGGCCGAUGGAGGGAAAUGGGUGUCCGGAGCUAUUGUCCUUGUUGUUGCUUUACUAAACAGUUCUAUUAUCUGAAGAAUUAAAAACCAAGAAAAUGCCUUUUUACAGUAAAACCAGAUUUAUUGAGUACUGGCAAAGAGAGACAUGUUUUAUUUGUGUUUCAUUGGUUUUAAUUGUCGUUUUUUCGCUGAGAAUUUAACUAAAUUCAUUCAAUUUAAAUUUUUUGUUUUUUAGAAAUUGUCAUUGACUGAAAUCGGUUAUUAAAAAUAAUGUUGAUAGCUUUUCUCCCCUUUUACACUGUACUUCACCAUUUGGUCCAUGACUUGUGGAGUGCUUUGCUGGGCCUUGUAGGCCGGCUCCUGACGUCACCGGAUACUUGUUUUCCAGCUCCCUGUUUGUUUUGUGUUUAACUCCCAUGCUGUAGUAAAAUAAUUGCCACAGGAUGGUUGCAAGUUCGAUUUUAUCUUCAUCACACCCUUUUUCAAAAAUGUAUGUUUUAAUUAAACGUUCCAAAGUCUACUUGAUUUUGAGUCAUAUUGAACUAAAGAGUUUUCAGUCAGAGUUUUAAGACUCAGAAGGUGUUUAGAUGGUAAUUACUGUUAUUCUAAAAGAUGGUUUAUCAUUUUUAAGCAUGUUAGACAGCUUUCACCUGCAAAGUACUUGUGUUGCUGGGAGAUUAAGUGAUUGACGGUAGUUUGGUGGCAUUUGUUUUAUUUUUCUAUUCGGCUCAACACUCAAGUGUUCCUAAUAUGAACCAAAAAAAUGACAUACCCGCUUUUUGUACGUCCUACUUGAAUAGCAGAGCUCGAACGCCCUGCAAUUAGUUCCUUUUUCCAUUUGCUUUGUCUAGUUUUAUCUUUCCUAUGGGUGAAGUGUUUUUUUUUGUUUUUUGUUUUUUUACAUAAUUCCUGUGUUGUGCUCUUAAUUUUGUUUUGUGUGUAUUGUUGUUUUGAUUGUUGUCUUGUAAAUGUUCUCGUUUGUCAUUUUUUUAGUUUCUUUGAUUUACCGUCCUGUAUAGAGUGCAAGACCAGCCCCCCCCACCCCCCCUCCCCGGUGUACUCAUGCUGUUUACAAACUUUCUGCUCACAUCGCUGAUCGCCCUCUUUCUUACUUCACGUCUAAUUGGCUUCUUUUUUUUAAGGCUUGAAAUGGUCCUUGACCACUAAUGAGAGGAGACAAUUGAUUGGCCCUUGACCGACGACACGCACCCCUUACCCCAACCCCAACCCCACCCUGAGCAAUAACUUGACGUUUAUCUUGAAAGACUCAAGUGUUCACAUUGUUAAUCUUUGGUACCUUAGCAGUCAGAAGCCCCCUCACACAAUGCUUUAACCCUCCGGUUGCACAGUAGAACCCGAUAUGGGGUUUCCAGAAACUUGACGGACUGUGUGUGUGUGUGUGUGUGUGUGUGUGUGUGUGUGUGUGUAUAUAUAUAUGUACAUAUAUGUUAACAUGUAUAUAUGUAUGCGUGUGUGUAUAUAUAUGUAUAUAUGUGUGUAUGAAUGUUUACAUUUGUAUAUAUGUGUGUGUGUGUGUGUGUGUAUGUAUGUUUACAUUUGUAUAUAUGUGUGCGUGUGUGUAUGUAUGUUUACAUGUGUAUAUAUAUAUAUAUAUAUGUAUGCAUGUGUGUGUGUAUAUAUGUGUAUAUAUAUAUAUGUAUCUAUAUAUCUGUUUGUGUGUGGUUUCCAGAAACUAGACGGACCCCAGAUCUGUCUACAACACGUUACCUCAACUAUCCUGACAUUAUCCUCAAGUUUUGUUUUGAUUUGUUUAUUGCUCAUUUCGAACUGUUUUUAUUUUAUUUCGGAUCGUAAAUAUACAUAUCUUUUUCUUGUGGUAGACUUAUGAUUUCAAGCCAUUUAUUUCUAGUUUCCUUUUUGUUUGUUUUUAUUUUAAAACAUUUAAAGUAAUCUUUAUUCAUCAUUUUGUUAUUAUGAGAAUGGAAAAUGACUUGUGUACAAUCGCAUGGAGAAGAAACUUACAAAAAAAAAAGAAAAAAAGAAGAGAAAUAUCAAAGAGGAUUAACCUAUUUAUUAUCUUUAUUUUCUGACACCUGUGGUAUGUCUUUCUUAGUGUUUGACUUGGGUCUCUCCGCAGUGUAUAUUUCUCUCCUGGCGAGGCUUUGUGAGACUUCGUGUAAAUAGCUCUGUAAAUAGGGGCCCCUCCUCUUUGUACUCGUGUUCAACUUGUGUAGAAUGUUGGGGGACGCGCGCUCACUCAAGGUGACGAUGUAAUAAUGUACCUUUUUUAUUCGUACCAUGUAGUUUAAUUGUGUACAUAGUGUUGGAGCAGCUAUGGGAGGGCAGGGCGGUGGGGCGGGGCUCAGGUUCUGUUCAUGCUAACAUCGGUGCUGUAAGAGAAUGCAGUACUUUCACCUUGAGCCGUCGUUAAUUUCCUGCAUUAAAGAAAUGUGAGAAAUAUU